AUGGGAUUUUUGCUUAGUAUAAUCACUGACGUAAAAAACGACAAAAACCUUGAGAAAUACAAUAGCAAAUUACCUGAAAUACUUGAUAAAAUUAAACUCGCUAAAUAUAAUAGAAAAACGCAUUUUGAUAGUAGUAUUGCCGCCGUCAGUCAGGGGAUUAGGCAAUGGGUGAGCGGGGUGGAGGGGAAACAUAAAGCGAUAAUGACACCGUUAGAAAACCUACAAUUAAGAAUAAAGGGGCAUAUAUCUGCUUCCUUACGAAAUAAGCCACUUACCGAUCAGUUAAAAAAUUGGCAGACUUUUGCUGGGGACUAUCUUGGUAAUGUAUUAGAUUCUGAAUUGGCGUUAAAUGACGUUGACGAAUAUGUGAGGCAUAAACUAGACGUUAAAAUUGGAUUCGUAAAGCAGGCUGUCGACACUUUGUGGAAUUCGGUGAAUGAUCCCGCCGUCGACCAGUCCGUUAAGGAUUUGAGUGAGAAGUUCACGAGGCAGCGUAGUGGAGUCAAUGAGCGCAUACAAACUCAUAUACAGGAGAUCAGCGAAGCGUUGCGGAAAAAUUUUAUAUCUAUCGGUAGUAGUAUCGAGCAGUUAAGGCAAGUGAAACGGGGUCAGUUCGAAUAUGUCGAUAAAAAUAUACGCGAUGCGAUCGACCUUUCCGAUGGAAUAAUUACGGAUAUAAACAAUACUUUCAUGAUCCACCUUCAAAAAGAAUUUACGUCAUUGAAGGACGCGAUAAAAGAUUUUGAUCCUGAUGAUGAUGAUGCGCCAAUUGAAGGAAUAACAUCGAAAUUUAAAGAGAAAGUUGAGUCAGUUUUGACACAGGUACAUGAUGUUGGUAAUACACUUAGCCAACAUCUUUGGAAUUUGGAAUCUUUAAUUCAUAAGGCAGAUGAGACAAUGACUAGUGCGUUGACCAAUGUUGCCGAAAUCAUUAAUGAAGUGACGGGUAACAAAACGCCGAAUAAUAGAGUACAAAUCGAGAAUGCGGUGCAAAGGUUGGCAGAACAGAUGCAACAGUAUUAUGUAGAUCUUAAUAAAAGACAACUUGAAAGCUACGCCUACGAAGCCAUGUAUGCGCUGGAGAAUCUUGGCGUUGCUGUGAUUAAGUUGGUUGAUGAUAUUUUAGAACAGUUUUCUAGUGGAUCAACUGCAGGUAUUGCCAAUCGUAGUCAUGGCCACAUACAGACUGUUCAAGAAUACAACAAGAAAUUAAAAGAUAUUUCGAGGCAGCUAAUCGUGACUGCGCAGCACAUUUCAACCAAUAAUAGCAAACCCAAAGCGUCGUAUUCUUUUUCACAAUCAAAUAAUAGCUCCCUCAUUCAAGCAUGUAAUGAUCUAAAAAAAUUACACGUUGAGAUUGAACAAUUUGAUCAGAAAAAUCACACUCCUUUGGUAUCAAAGGUUGCCACAUAUGUCGCUGCAGUGAAGCGUGUAUUAUCAGAAAUAGUAAGUACUCUGAAAACCGAUAUUCGGAGAAGCAUGAUGGAAUUCAAAGUGCUAGAUAUAAAAUGUGACAAUGGCAUUUUACAAGAAAUGAUUAAUCCACUUCACAAGUCUUUACAAGAUGCUUCGCAAUUAUCUGGACAUCUUUACAAUCAAUUACAAGGUAAUAAACGUCAGUCACGCAUAUCAAACCGUGACGUGAGCGCUAAUGGUAGUACAUACGUGGAAAAUCUUCACGAUGCAUACAAUACGUUCAACGAUAUAAUACAAGGUGUUCGGAGGUUUAGCAGCGAUUUCAUGAAAGACAAAGAAGAAAUAGAUGUCCUAGGAAAACGCAUCAAAGAGCCGUUCGACAGCCUCGUCGAGGUCAUUAGGAGAGAAUCCGAUGAACCGGAUGGCCUUAGGCCAAUUCUAACUGCGUUUAAGAGAACAAAAAUUGAUAAAUCUGGCGACUCAUCCGAUAGCUUAGGUAAACUACGUCAAGAAAUCGCUAAUUUGAAAACUAAGGAAUUGUCUGCCAACCACAGCGGCAAAAUCCGACAAGCCAUUCAAAAAGUAUUUGACACAAUCAAUAAUGACCUCGACAAAUUGCCAACUGCGAUUGAUGCGGCACAGAAAGUGGCACAAAAUGUUAUGAAUUGCCUUGCGAAAGACACCGAAGAUGUACAAAACAGAAUCAAUACGAUCGCUGAGAAUGUAAAAGCCGCCGAAGAAUCCAUUAACAGUGCCAUUUUACGCCUUCAAACAUCUUUCGAUGGCGCUCGGGACACGACGAGUUUGGCACUGCCAAGCCUUCAAAGUAACCUGCAAAAGCGCAUGAAUCAAGCAUUCAAUGACAUGGAGGAUGCCAUCAAAACAAUGUUUUCAAAGCAAAGACAAGUGGAAUUGGUAUUAUUGCAAGCUAGUGUAGCCACCUAUAUCUCCCAAAUCCAAGCCAUCAUCACCGCCGACUCCGCGUCCGGCCUCAAAGGCCUGAUGAACAAGCUGAGUAGCACUUUCAACACAAAAGGCUUAAAACGUCCAAACGAUGAACUUCAGACAUAUGCUAACAGAGUAAAAGUAUUUUGUGAUGCAUUCUUCGAUGACUUCAAAGACCAACAAGACAUCCUCCCUGUCCAAGGUAAACUCACCCCCCUCACCGGCGCCCUCUCCGCCCUCCUGUCCACAAUGCACUCCCAACGCCACUUCUCUGCCGCCGUCUCCCUGCGCCUCGCCGACCUCCAAACGCAGCUCACCGCCCUCACCCCCGCAAAGUUCGCCGAGGCCUCCCCGCUGCUCAACGUCGUCAAGGCCGGCGUCCGGGCGUUCCACGGGGAGCUCGCGAAGCAGUACGUCAGCAGGUACUCGGGGAAAGAAAUUACCUGGGUGAAGGACGUUGAGAGGUCUAAGACUCAAGAAAAAGAGCCUACUGAAGAAGCGUUAAAAUGUGGUAAAGUGUUUUUUAGUUGCUUGCAAACGCUCUUCGACGGUUUGCAUGAGCUUCGGGAAAACUGCGCAGGAAACGCUGCCUGGGAGCACAAAACUAUUUCGCUAACCGAAACUGCGCAACAUGGAAAUACAAUCACCAAUCCACUCGGAAGGUUUUUCCAGCGCUGCGGUUACACUGUCUGCUCAGGCCCGAACAAGCAUAACGGUGAGCUGCGGAACACGGCGGAGUGCAGGGGCGGACAUAUUCACAAGAAGUUGGAUGGAGACAUAAGGGGCAUUGAUGGUCAAACGUACAAGCUUGUUACCGAAUACGACGAAAAGAAAGAUGAAGAAAGCAAGCAGCAACAUGGACUCCUCAAGAAGCUGUUCGACCACCUCCACGAUUACUACAGCGUUCGUCACCUAUCCACUUUCUCCGCCAAGACAUAUCCUACUUCCGUCUACGACAUGCUUCAGUGGCUUUGUGGUCUCACGUACAAUCCAGUCCACGAAACGCUCUCACAUGACGGAUUUAGUGCAUUGUUUGAGAAGCCAGAAGAUGGCGAAGCCAAGCAUCAUUUAAUAGAUGAUAUGCCAGUGGAACUUGAAGACGCAGACUCUUUGGAGGCAUAUCCACAGAAGAUCACAGCAGCGUCCUUGAGUGAUGCUCUGGCAGUGGUAUGUCACUACUCACAUGACGUGCUCACAACCAUUCUAGGCCACGGCCAUGGUGACGGUGUAUACGCGUGUGAGUUCAACACAAACAACAGAGCUCUAAUGUAUCCCAGCAAUAUGGACACCUUGCUUUGCAUGAUAUGUGACGUCGUCAACCGUCUCUACCGCCAGCUCCACUUCCUAUAUAACCAGUGCCAAUAUAACACUGAGCUCAGUGGCUGGCUUGAUUGCGAAUAUGGUCAAGGCGUCGGUGGCUCAGGUUGGCGGUGCAACGUCGACCAAUGUGCCAACCAAGCGUGCAACCAAAACAGUGGGCAAAGAGCCAACCAAAAUGGUAACCAAAGAGCUGACCAACGAUGCGACCAGCACCCUAAGUGCGGCGUCAAAUCUCCAUUGCAAUCAUUCCUCGAAGAUGGUUUGCAAGGGUUCCUACCGCAUCAACUCAAAUACGAAAAGGGCAAAGUCGUCUGUUCGGUUAAAGAUCAUUCCGGCAUAGAGUGUAUCACGCCUUUCGGUUUUUCAAGUAUCAGUCAUAGGGCAUCGCACAGGGCUACGGGGCAACGUAUCGUCGAUGUGCUUGCUGGUUACUGUGGUAAUCAAAUGUCUCCCCUCACUAGACUCUGCAGCUUAUUUAAUUGUGUUAUUCCUACUCCUCCCAAAACGCUUGGCCAGAUGUUUGGCUUCUACUACAGCUUGCUUGUUGACUGGGAUGACAGCAGUAAACGCAAUGCCAAACGUGAAGCACAUAGAGAGGCAGCAUUUAACAAAGCUGUUAGUGACGCCGACUUCGCAAAUCCCAAAACCACUUUGGACAUGACUUCGUUGUUCAGAAGCGGAAAACAUAAUCCCAGUACAGGCGACCAGAGUAGUACCCAUCUUACCGGCGAUCUCUAUGCUCUUGUUAAAUGCAACGGUAACCCAGCGUCAGAUCCAUCACACCCGUGCGGCGCAUAUCUUAGACCGUUAUGCUAUGAUACCUGUGCUAUGUUCUCCAAAGAGCACGCCGACAAGUACCUUUCAUGGAUCGUCUACUUGACGGAGACAUUCUACACUGCGCUUCAAAAGUUGCUAGAGGACUGCCAGAAAACGUGCGGUGCGGAUUCUAAGAAGUGCAAAAUUGGAAAAUGUAAGAAGGAUUGCGAAACAAAGGCGAAGCCACUUGCUCCAUCCUCGAAACACAGUGACGCCUGCAAAUCAAUUGUCGAGUGCGGGUACAUUCGUCCUACAUUCUUCAGAUAUGGUUUCAUACACAAUAACGUUAGCAGUCUCAGCGGUGUAUCAGGUGACGCACAUAAAAGGACCUGCACAGAUUUCUGCACAUUAUUGCAACUUGUGACGAAGGAAGGUAAUGUACUUUAUAACAUCGUAAACAAUACCAUACCCAAUUUCUUCUGGACGAUUAGACAGAAAUUCUUCUGGACCAUCCUCGCACUCUGGCUCCUCUCUCUCCUCUACCUGCUCCACAUCAUGGUCAUCCGCCUAGACCUGCUCCACAUCAAAUCGCAUUUACAUAGUCCCUCAUCACAUCGCAUCGCCGCGCAAUCACUGCUUGCUGCUGGACGCGUUAACAAGCUUAACAGGGUGUUUUACCUACAACCAUAA